UCGGAUCCCCUACCCUGCUCCUCACCCCCCCCCCCCCCCCCCCCCCCCCCCUCUCGCGGCGCGGCACAGCACAGAGGAGUCGGCGGAGAUGUCGGGCGUGACGGCGGAUGAGGACAAGAAGCCCGCGGGCGACGGCGGAGGCGCCCACAUCAACCUCAAGGUCAAGGGGCAGGAUGGCAAUGAGGUUUUCUUCCGCAUCAAGAGAUCGACACAGCUGAAGAAGCUGAUGAACGCCUACUGCGACCGUCAGUCUGUGGAUCUCAACUCCAUUGCUUUCCUUUUCGAUGGUCGUAGGCUCCGUGGUGAGCAGACCCCUGAUGAGCUGGAGAUGGAGGAAGGCGACGAGAUCGACGCCAUGCUUCACCAGACCGGAGGGUGCUUUCCUCGCCCUUAGAAGGAGCUUGCUUGCAGCCUGGCUGUUCUAUGUCGUAUGCUACCUUUAGAACUAGAGUAAAAUGUAAGAAGUGAAAGAACUUGUGAGGCUAUGGUUCUGUGCCAUAACCUGAGGGGGUCUGGAGGUGAAAGAACAUCGGAGUACUGUUGAUGUCGUGACUGAACUAUCAUCCAUUGCCUAAUAUAUCAUGCCUUGUUGUGUUCCUA